AUGUCCGUUAAGCUGGCAGUGGUCACGGAGCCCUCCUCAUACGAGCUCGAGCCUCUUCCGAGUGAUGCUGGGAUCUCGACGAUUCCGACAACCGCAGCGCCCAGUCGCGUAGCCUCAACCGACGUUCUUGAGAGUGAUCAGCGCGAGGAGGAUGCAGUCGCGCUUCCACCUGUCGACGGCGGCAUACAAGCCUGGACGUUUGUGUUCUGUGCUUUCAUCCUUGAGAUGCUCGUCUGGGGAUUCCCGUUCUCCUAUGGCGUAUUCCAAGAAUGGUACCUGUCCUCUCCAGAUUCACCAUUCCGCGGUGCAAGCGAAUCUGCCAUCAAUGCUAUCGGGACGAUCACCAUCGGUCUCCAGUACAUAGACGGGAUGCUCGUCAUGUUCUUCGUGCAGAAGUACCCGAGAUGGACCAAGCCGAUGAUGAUCGCCAGCCUCGUCCUUUGCGUCGGCGCGCUGAUGCUGUCUAGCUUCGCGACGCAAGUUUGGCAUCUUAUUGCUUUGCAAGGCGUUGUCUAUGGUAUUGCUGGUGGUUCCUUGUACAUGCCUGUCGUAGGCUGGCUCAACGAAUGGUUCGUAACGCGACGCUCCUUUGCGUGCGGGUUCAUCUUUGGAGGCGGUGGACUCGGUGGCGCGGGAUUUCCCCUUCUUGCCAAUGCCUUACUCCAACGCCUCGGAUUUCGUUGGACGUUGAGAAUCAUGGCCGCACUUAUAGGUGCACUAGGCGGACUCGCACUCAUUGGAGCGAAGGCACGACUUCCUGCCGCGCGCAGAGCUGCACCGGCACCUUUGAGCCUCUCGUUCUUGAGAUCGCCAGUCUUCAUCUUUGUAGCCAUCACGGUGUUCGUGCAGGGACUGUCGUAUUGGCCCGUGUCUCUUUACAUCCCGUCUUAUGCAGCAUCGCUCGGCUUCUCAAGCCUCAACGGCACCCUCGCACUCGCUGCAUUCAACUUGGCGACCGUUGCUGGCCAAGUACUUUUCGGACUCUACUGCGACAAGGGCUCGUAUACGACAGUGAUGAUCGGAUCUUCUGUGCUCUCGGCAGCCUUCGCAUUCGUCCUCUGGGGGUUUGCACAUUCACUGGCGCCCUUCUACCUCUUUUCCAUCCUCUUUGGUUCUAUUAGUGGAGGUUUCAGCUCCAUCUUCCCGCCAGCUUCCACCGAGAUCUUCAACGCACAGCCGACAGCGCCGUUCAUGAUCUUCGGAUGCGCGAAAGGUCUCGCAGCCAUCGCGGGGCCGUUCGUUGCCGCUGCGCUCCACCCGAAGAGUGCACUAGAGGAUCAUAGUGCUGGUGCUGGAGGAUGGUCAGGCUACGGUUUCACAGCGAUCACUAUAUUCGUCGGAAGUGGCAUGGUUGCAUCUGCCGCAUUGUCGGGCACAGUCUUGGCCUUUCGGAAGAAGAAUAUGAAGUCCGAGUAG